AUGGGAGUCUGGGCAGCACACAGGGGCAUAGUGGAACGGGAAACUCUGCUGACGGGGUCAAGAGGUAGGUGCAUGUGCUUCUUGAGAAUUCUGAAAUUCAGCUCUCUGCGUCCUCCCUUCCUUCCCCUUCAGAACGUGCGCUUCCUGUCACAAUUCAUCUCUGAAACCGGCAAGAUCAAGCCCAGAAACAAGACUGGGCUGUCUGCCAAGGCGCAGCGCCGCAUGGCUCGGGAAAUCCGAACUGCGCGGGUGUUUGGGCUCAUGCCAUUCACGCAGGCGGGCCGCCCGCCGUUUAAGUUCGGCAAGGACCCGAACCUUGAGUCCGGGGAGCCGGUGUGGGAGGAGCUUGACCUGGCAGCUGCUGUUGUGGGGGACGAUGAGCUCAAGGCCAUCGCUGGGAGAUAG